AUUUCACAUAUGAGCACAACAGCGCACGAAGAACCCCAGUAGGAAAAGACUGUCGAUGUAUAAACUAGAGUUUAUGAAAUAUAGACAUCGACGAGAACAAAUAUAAAAUAGAGAAGAGGGCCGCAUUGAAAAUUCAGCUACAGCCGCAUGCAAUAUAUAUCUGAAUCUGUCGUUACAGAGGCCACCAACAUGGCCAUCGACUCUAGCCCAAUGCCACAAUCCUGCUUUAAUCCCCUUGCCGGGAAUCCUCACAAAACCCGCGACGAUAUAAUCGCUGCUGUUCAUACCCUCUUUAAUCCAUUGCUGCCCGCUUUCUCUGCAGGCAGGGCGCGCGUACAGCUCGAUUCAUCAGGCUCAACCUGGGACCGCGCCGCCUGCGAUUUGGAAGGAUUCGCGCGUCCCCUCUUCGGACUUGUACCUCUCGCCGCAGGCGGAUCCCACUUUGAGCAUUGGGACAUAUAUCGUGAGGGCCUGAAAAACGGUACUAACCCAGCACACCCGGAAUACUGGGGCCCGGUCACGGACAUGGAUCAGCGACAUGUUGAAGCCACAGCUCUUGGAUAUGCAUUACUCGUCGUUCCACAGCACGUCUGGGACCCCUUCGAUGAGACUACAAAGAAAAAUGUUGCCGACUGGUUGAUUGAAAGCCGGAAUACAAAACACGCGAAUAAUAACCACAAGUUCUUCCGAGUUGUGGUCGAUCUUGGGCUUGAGAAAGUCGGAGUCGCGGUUGAUCAAAGCGGCACGGAACAAUAUCUCCAAGACCUGGAAGAGAUGUAUGUUGGCGAGGGCUGGUUCCGUGAUAAUGGCAAUAUAGAGGAUUCCCGACGGCUUGAUUGGUAUAACGCCUUCGCAUGGCACUACUACGGACUCCUCUACGCCGUGCAUCGUCCUGAGGACCAGGCUCGUAGCGCUCGAUUCCGGGAACGAGCGCGGCUGUAUGCCCAGCAUCUUGUUCAUUGGUAUGCGGAUAGUGGUGCCAAUGUGCCCUAUGGGCGAAGCCUGAUCUAUCGCCAGGCGACAGCUGCAUUCUGGGGGGCGUUGGCUGUCGCCAACGAGGAGGUCCUGCCUUGGGGUGUGCUUAAGGGCUUAUACCUGCGAAACCUGCGAUGGUGGGCUUCGCAACCUAUCUGUCGACGCGACGACGGCCUUCUGACUUUGGGAUACGCCUACCCGAAUCAACUGCCGACUGAGCGCUACUGCUCGACCGGUUCGCCAUGGUGGUCGAUGAAGGCCUUUGCACCCUUGGCUCUUUCAGCAGACCACCCCUUCUGGACAGCGGACGAACUACCCAUGCCCAGCAGAUCUCCAGUAUAUGCAGACCCAACUGCAGGAAUGGUCUUCACACACCAGCAAAGUCAUACCGUGAUGCUGGUGUCGGGCCCAGGCACUACGCAGAUGAUGAGAGGCGUGCCGGAGAAAUACUUCAAGUUUGCGUACUCUUCUCGCUACGGAUUCAGCGUGGAGAGCGAUGCUUUGGCCUUCAAUCAAGCCGUAUUCGAUAGCAUGAUUGGCUUCAGCGAUGACGGGAAGCACUAUCGUGUGCGCGAACAUGUUAAUACUGCUGCCCUGGCGGGAGACGUUCUCUUUUCAACCUGGACACCAUGGAGCGAUGUCACGGUUGAAACAUGGAUCAUACCAAGUGGAGCAUGGCACCUUCGUGUCCAUCGCAUCACUUCUCUACGGUCCCUUCAAACGAUAGAAGGUGGCUUCGCCGCCCCUCGCACGGAUUUUGAUGCUGACCAAAGGUUUGAGGUAGGUUCCUCGGCGUAUGUGGUGAGCAAACUGGGCGACUUUAGCGGUAUUCUCGACGAUUCGCCUCACGAACGGCUUGCUAGAGUCAAUGCUCCUCAUGGAAACACUAGUUUGAUGUUUCCCCGGACUUUGAUUCCGCAGCUCCUCGGGAACGUGGAGGCGAACGUACCAGCUGUAUUUGCGAGUGCUAUUCUGGCGGGUCCCGAUGUGCAAGCGCUGUUGCAGACGUGGACUAGUCCUCCAAAGAUUCCGACAGUAGAAGAGCUGGAGAAGCUAGUGGAAGAAAGGGGAGUCACGAUCAAGAUUACAGAGGACUACAAUCCGACGCGUCAAUGGUACCCUUAACUUUGCCUAGAUAUCAUUAGAAAACAUGUCAUGUAUUUCGUGGUCUUACAUCUAAG